GGGCCAGCCAGUUGACCUAAUUAAGACCCCGUCCGUUUAGAGCGAUAAUCAGUGGAGUUUUCGUGCAUUUCUUCAGAAAUCCCAGACUCCAACUUCCAUCGUGCAAAUUAACAUCUUCAGCUGCUCAUUCAGCAUUUCUUCUAUGAUCUCUUCCAACUUUCAGAUUGACAAAAUACGGCAUUUUCUCAACAGAUGUUAAGCUCAAGUAACAGUUAUCGUUUAUAUAUGUUGAGUAUUCUAGCUUUGCUCUCGUUGGCGGUUCGAGUUGUUUCCGUGGCAGUACCCAAGUCCAAUUGCUAUGCUCUUGAUAAUUCCAGUCACAUUGUUGAUUUUACAAGCUGGAAAGGGCAUCUUUUUGAGUUUGAGGGACAGGAUUCAGAUUUGGUUGUUCGAUUUUGCAAGGAUGUGGAGAGCAGAUCACAAACUGGAUAUGUUGAUUUUGGUCGCUUUGAUACAUAUAAUCAUUUUGUUGCCGGCUCUGAACAUGUCAACUUUGUUCAAGGAUUUUAUGAAGGCGAUCUCAUGAACUGUGAGCAAAGCUAUGACAAAUUAGGGCGCACAGCUCAGGUAAAUGUCAUAUGCGGAACUUGUUUGAGCAGACAGUGCAAAGGUGAGCUUGGAUGCAUAUGCAGUGUGACCUAUGAAUCAUCUUGUAGAGUGAUUGUAGAACUUGCUAUUCCAUGCGAAAAACGUGGUCCCCGGGUAUUUGAAGGAUUUACUGUUGGAUUUCAUCCUCGGUCAUGGGAAAUUGUCUAUAAUGGCCUGACUCAACUUGGGUUUGAGAAGUUUCACAAAGAAUUCAGCUUUAGCACUGAACAGACUCGUGUCACUCUUUAUAUGACGGCAAUUGCUUCUCUUUCGAAAUUGGUGCAAAAACCCACUGUGAAGGUAUUCCCUCAGAAUGGCCUUGAAGUUCAUCUAUCUGGCUCUUCUGCUGCUGGGAAUCUACCAACUACUUUGUCGCCAGAUAUUUUAAUUGUAGACUGGACAUGUCAAAAGGCGCAAAACACGCCUUAUGAAGUGGAAAUCAGCAUUCCUGUGGAGAAUUAUGAGCCUAUUAAUUUUACUCUCACGAAAAUGUGCAGUCGCCAACAAAAUGAAGGGAAUGAGGCUACAAAAGGAUGGGCCAUAUUUGGAAUCAUAUCCUGCAUAUUCUUCGUUUCGGUUACUCUGUUCUGUUGUGGUGGAUUCAUUUAUAAAUCACGGGUGCAAUAUCAGCAUGGGCUUGAUGCCUUGCCUGGGAUGACCUAUUUUUCAGCUUUCUUGCAAACUGUUACUGGAGGAAUUCCGGGUUACCAAAGAGCAGAAGAAAGUAACAAUCCAUUUAUGCCAGCUGCUCAAGGAACUGAAAGACGGACUGAAGUCAGAUACGGUUCCAUUUAAGCAUACAUGCUUUUGGAUCUAAAAUGAAGCAAGCAUCAUGACAGUUAUCUGUUCAGUCCAGGUAGAAGCUACACUUCCCUCUUUCUCCUACCCAACCCAUUUUAAUUAAAGAAAGUGAGGACAGAAAGCAAGAGUAUAUAACAAAUAAUAAUUAAUUAGAUAAGAAAUCUUAAUUUGCAGGUUUCUCUCUCGGUCAGUGUCAGAUUGUCUUUAAAGAAUUAAAUUUUAAGUUAUGAGCCCUAUGUUAAUCAUGUUUAUUAUUGCUUGUGAUUGCUGCUUGAGUUCUGAAAAUUGAUGGUUUAUUGUUGAUGGCGGAUCGGAGCAUAUCCAUAUGUUUGGAUAGAUUUGAGCCAUGACUGUAGGAACUUAGAUGCAUUGCUGCUUAAAAAACCUUCUGCUUGUGUUUGAGACUAUGGGUCGGAGCAUAUCCAUAUGUUUGGAAAGGUUUGAGCCAUGGCCAUAGGAAUUAGGAUGCAUCGCUGCUUAAAAAAGCAUACUACUUGUGUUAGAGACUACGGAUUGGAGCAUAUCCGUAUGUUUUGAAAGAUUUGAGCCAUGAUAGUAGGAAUUAGAAUGCAUCGCUACUUAAAAAAGCGUACUACUUGUGUUUGAGACUAUGACUACUGUUGUUUCGAUUAGGAUACAAGUCUUUUACUGCUAGGUUCCAAGAGGCUCAGACAAGUAAUACUCAUAUCUAUCUUUUUACUUGCAACAUAAAAGUACAUAAACAAUAGUAAGUUUCGCAUGAAUGCAUAUAAAUGUGAUGUUCAAAAUUUAAAUUACCGCAAGCGCACGGUGUAUGUAUAGCAAUACGGGUUGAACCCAGAAAACCGAGUUAACAAAUUUGUUCAGUUCAUAACUACCGAGACAUAAAUAAACAAAAUAGUUGGUCUAAGAAUCUAACACUACUAUAAGCAAUAACUAAAAUGAUGUAAAUAAGACUAAUGGAUAAAGCUAAGACAGUAAUCAAUACGAAGAUGAUAAAAAAAGGCAAAUCUAGGGUGUUAGGAAUCACCUAAUUCUAACAUGGGAGUCAAUUACUUAUAAUUGUAUGAAAUUGAGUCUUUGGCAUAAUUAAAUGUGAUUUAAUUAACCUCAAACUUCCACUUUAUUGAUCAAUAUCGGUUUAAGACCUUACUAGUAUUAAUCCUCAAACUUCCGUUUAUUGGUUAAACUAAUACGAAUUUAACUUAAAUAUAAUACCUUAAUCUUAAAUUAAUUCUAAUCUCAAACUUUCGUUUUAUUGAAAAGGUUAAUAAAGAUAUUUAAACUAAGGUUCAUUAAGCAUAGGUUUAAUCAUAGAUUCAAAUUUCACACAAUUAAUCAAUAAAAUAUCAAUCCAUGCUUCGAAUUAGGUUUAAUCUCUUAACCCUAUUGAAGAAAACUACUCACUAGACAUGGUAAUGAAUAUGCAAUUAAUGAUGAAUGAAAACCUAAUUGAAAUACUACACAUGAUAAUAAUGAAUAAUUCAAGAUAAAAAGACAAGUAAUGAAGUAGUAAAUCAAGAAUACUUACUAAUGGAGAUGAACAUAAAUGUAAAUUGCAAUAAAAAUAAACAUGACAAUGGAGUUUCUCAACAUUGAAAGCUCUAAAAGGAAUAACAACAAAAGAGAGAAUUCUGAAAUUAACUAAGAAAACUGAUGAUUAAUAAAAUAUAACUAUCGCUAUUUAUAAUAACUCCUAAAACAAUAACUGAAAAAGAUACGAAAUAACGACUAACGAAAUGGUGACGACUCGUGACAACAAGGGCGAUGACUCGUCGCUUUUGUUCUGCUUGGGAGAUUUGACUUCAGGAAGUUUGCGACGAGUCGUGGCAUAUGGGAGAUGAUUCAUCGCUUUGGCUCUGGACAACUCUGAUGACUUUAGUGGACCCUGGGGAUGACUCGUCGCUUUUGUUCUGUACUCCAAAUGCUCAGCGACGAGUCGUGGCUCUUUGGCACAGCUUGGCUACGACUCGUUUCUUUCCUUUAGGGCUUGUUUAGCUUGAUCUCUUCACUUCUUUAGGGGUCUUAGGCCAUUUCUCCAAGCCUUCACCCUCUUAUCACCCCGAAACCUAAUAAAAUUUCAAUUUUCGCCUCAAAAUCACAUGAAAUACAAAAUUAAACACAUGAAGCAAAAAUGUGAAAUCAUACUAUCAAACCUACCUAAAAAUCCAUUAAAUCAUCAUAAAAAGAGUAUAAAAAUGACAUGAAUAAAUACAAAUAAUCGCAUUUAUCAAAAUGAAAAUAUAGUGGACAUUCCUGCUAAACAGCACUACGAUUACAUUAGGAACUAUGACGGCUUAAUUUUGAAAUCCAUUGUCAAGUAUCAGAACCAACUUGAAAAUUAGAGUCGGUCUUGAUAUUUAUAGAAUUCUAUGCAAAGCUUUAAAUAUGAGGUUUAAAACCGUAAGGUAGCAUUUGAGAAUAAUCAUUUCAUUUUAAGUUGUAAAUUUUAUUAUGAAAUUAAAGAAUUUGAAAAUGACAAGGUGUUAGAAGUCAUUCUCAAAUCUUCAUCUUUAAUCACUUUUAUAAUAAUUGUGGAUUUGACUCAAAUCCAAAUUUUAAAUUUUUUUUAUUG